GUGUGUCAGCUGAUAGCUGCCCAGGGAAGAUGGGCCUGAGAGAUACGGCAAGAGGGCAAGGCCAGAGGUACCACUCAGCGUUUCUGGGCUGACUCUCCCAGUAUGCCUGAGAACGCAACCAGUGCGGCAACAUCGGCACAAUCCUUUUCCCUGAUACCUUCAACUGCAGCAUCAUCCCCUCUGCUGACACCUUCAACUGCAGCAUCAACCACUCCUCUCCUGACUUCAUCAUCCCUGACAGGACCAGGUAUUGCUGUGACGCCGCAUAAAAUGGCCUCUAGUGACUCAUCUGCAUUCUCCACCCCCAUGCCAGAGAACACAGAUGCUCUGCAGCCGCAUAAAAUGAACUCUAGUGAGUCAUCUACACUCUCCACCCCCCUGCCAGAGAACACAGGUAUGGAACAACUUGAACACAUUUUUCCCGCGCCAGUGACAAUAAUCAUCAUUUUGGGGGCGAUAGCUGGUAUUGUUGCAACUAUCCUUCUCAUUUAUUACCUCAUCAGCCGAGUAACAAAGAAGCGCUCAGUUGACAUCCAGCCUUCUGAGCAUGAAGACAAUGGCGCGCCUUUAAGUUCAAUUGAACAGAGCAACAGUCAAGAACAAUACGCCAAAGUCUGAAACGCCUCAAAGUGGACAUUUCAGUCAAUUGUGUACCUUCCUAAGCUUACGCCAUCAUAAAAAAAAGAAAAUCUCAACAUCUGAGCUUCAGUGAUUCACAAUUUGGGGGGUUGGGAAACUCUGUUCAUUAAUAACUGAAGAUGAAAACAAAGUUUUCUUGUAUGCCUGAUUUUGCUGGUAAAAAAAAAUUGUAACUACUUGACUAGAAAUUUUGCUCCAAACUUUCAAUUGAGUUCAUGUGCUGUCUGUCCACCAAGACUGAUUUAUUAAACUCUGUUAUAAUUUA